AUGCCAGAAAACCGACUGGAGCACCCACAAGCUCCUCUGCGCCUCAUUCCCACCUUCACAACUUCCGCCCGCCCAACACCCCAGCACUACCGAGCCGUCCUCUUCGACCCUGACAAGGCCAAACCAGAUCACCAGACCCCCUCCAUCACCACCAUCAUGGGCAAAGCCAACGCCGUAGUACACACCCCAAUGCAGUACAACCUGCGAUCAGAAACCCGCCUCGCAAACACCCUGUUCAUCGCCUACCGCGACACCUUUCUGGACGACGGCUCGCGCCCAAACGAAGCCGUAGCAGCCAUAACACGCACGCAACCAGGCGAGUACCACGAAUGA